GAAAGCUGUGGGCUUGGAUCAGAUCUACUACUCAGCACUCUGGUUUUUUACACUGGCUCCUAAUUUGGGAUUUGUUUAGAAUCCAUAGAGGGACUCUGGAACGUUACCUUGAUUGGGAAGGGAUUUGUGAAUUCUGUUUACUUGGAUAUCAAACCAGCAAGAUGUCUGACUCCAAGGUUACUGCUCACUUAGACGGAAUUAUCUCUGACUUUGAAGCUCUAAAGAGGUCGUUUGAGGUGGAGGAUGUGGACACCUCGGCCAACUCCUCGCCAGGCUCCCGCCGGGCGCCCAACAACACCAACCACCGCCCCGUCAUGUCCCCCACCAGCAUCUACUACCGUGAACUGGGCGCCAGCAAUAACAACAACGGCUCCAUCUCCAAGACCAUCAUGGGAGGGGGCGGCUCCAAGCCUCCUGAACCCAUAUCCCGGGGACGCACGGAGCUCUCCAUCGACAUUUCCUCCAAGCAGGUGGAUCCAACCAGCCCUGGUUCCCUCCGAUUCGGCACGAAACGACCCGAGGUCCUAGGCCACUCCAAGACCCCUGAGAUGGGCCACAAACGGGAGGUGACCUUCGCUAAAACACCCCAGGAUGCGGUGAUUCGCGGAGGGGCCCGGACCCCCGAGCCCCCCAGCCAUGCCCGGAGGUUCGAGCCCCCCAAUCUGGGGGAUGGCCCGGCCGCUAGGACCACACCAGGGAUCAGCGUCACCAAAGCACCCGAGACAACGGGGAAUGGAAAGAACAACCACGAGAACCAUGGUCAUCAUGCACCGGUCCACCACCCGCACCACCCCAACCCCCACCACAACACCAUCGUCACCACCAUCCGCUGCUCCUCGCCCAACCGCACCAAGUCCCCCAACCCUGACAGGUCAGAGGUCAAGCCGAGCCACAGCAACAUGUCCGCCCCGCCACACCCGCAACCCCCUACCAAGGGAGCGUCACAUGGCGCUGGUGACUUCAGCUACGUGGGCAUCGAUGCCAUCCUGGAGCAGAUGAGGAGGAAGGCCAUGAAACAGGGCUUUGAGCUCAACAUCAUGAUCGUCGGUCAGAGUGGUCUGGGGAAGUCGACCCUGAUGAACACCCUGUUCAAGUCUAAGGUCAGCAGGAAGUCUGUGGUGUCCACCCCCGAGGAGAGGAUCCCCAAGACCAUCGAGAUCAAGUCCAUCAGUCACGACAUUGAAGAGAAGGGCGUGAGGAUGAAACUAACGGUAAUCGACACUCCCGGCUUUGGGGACCACAUCAACAACGAGAACUGCUGGCAGCCAAUCAUGAAGUUCAUCAAUGACCAGUAUGAGCAGUACCUGCAGGAGGAGAUCAACAUCAACAGGAAGAAGAGGAUCCCAGACUCACGGGUUCACUGCUGCAUGUACUUCAUACCACCUACUGGACACUGUCUGAGGCCCCUGGAUGUGGAGUUUAUGAGUCGUCUGAGUAAAGUGGUCAACAUAGUCCCUGUCAUCGCUAAGGCAGACACACUCACCCUGGAGGAGAGGGACUUCUUCAAGCAGACGAUCAGGGAAGGACUGCGAGCCAACGGGAUCGAUGUCUACCCUCAGGAAGAGUUUGACGAGGAUUCUGAUGACAGGAUGAUCAAUGAUAAGAUCAGGGAAAUGAUCCCAUUUGCUGUGGUGGGGAGCGACCAGGAGUACCAGGUCAAUGGAAAGAGGCUUCUGGGCAGAAAAACAAAGUGGGGAACCAUAGAAGUUGAGAAUAUUGCGCACUGUGAGUUUGCCUACCUGCGAGACCUUCUCAUCAGGACCCACAUGCAGAACAUCAAGGACAUCACCAGUAGCAUCCACUACGAGGUGUACCGCGUCCGCAGGCUGAACGAGACCAACGCCCAGCCCAAUGGCCAGCCACCCAACACACUGGUCAACCCACAGCAGGCCAACGGGGUGGCAGCACAGCACCAAGUUCUGACCCAUGAGAUGUAGACGUCUGACCAUCUGCACACACACACACACACAUACAUACAUACAUACAUACAUACGCACGCACGCACGCACGCACGCACGCACGCACGCACGCACGCACGCACGCACGCACGCACGCACACACACACACACACACACACACACACACACACAUAUAUAUAUUUAGUGGCUGGCAACUGUGACACACCACAUGCAAACACACCACGUGACACACAUUUGACACACACACACACACACCCACCCAUCCUAACUGGCUGAUACGGACUGUACACACUCCAAAGAGGAUUCCAAUAUCAAGUGUAUAACCAUUUUUACAUGAUCAACUGCCAAAACAGACUUUCUGUUAGCUGGAAGUUCUAGUGUAGGUAGUUGUAGGUCAGAGCUGUUGGAUAAACAGUACAAGAUGUCCCCUAGGGAGAUGGGAUGCCACAGCAUUCUAACAUACAGAAGUGUACAGACCAGCUAUCUAAGUGUAGCAGAUCAAUUAGCUAAACUAGAAAUAACUGGCCGAAAUGGCCUGGUCUACGUUUGGGUUGUGCUGUAUAGUGUUGUCUAGAUAUUGGAGAUAUUAGGAGGUAGGGUUUAGGUUCUUUGUAUAUUUUUGGACACAUCUGCACUGCCCCGAAAAGCAGCAAUGCAGUGUGGAGCAGCUUUGAAAUCCCUUUGUCUUUUUCCAAUGUGUUUUCAUAUGUUUAAGACCUCUUGCCAAACCAUCCUGUCUAUACCAAUAUGCCGAUGUCAUAUGUUGUUAAACGUAUCAUGUUAAUGCAUCAAGUGCAUUUUACAUUUACUGUUGUGUUAUAACAUUAUUCUAUUGUUUAUUGUCUGGAUGGCGGGGAUGCAGGGAACAGACAUCCAUCCCUAUGCUCUCUCAGACCUUUCUCUAAACCAAAUAAAUGUCCUUUCUGUUUUAAAGAGAAGCAAAUAUAUAGAAUUGAUUUAUAAAUAGGUAUUUAAGCUUGUUAUGUAUUCACUUUUUAAUUGAGUUUGAUAUUCAUAUAGCUUACUCCCAGUCGGCCUACACACUCCCGUUGUUCUCAGAGAGUAGUUGUAUCAGAGAGGAUGGACAAUCUACAGAGAUCCUCUUUGGUUGUAUCUCCUUGCCAUCAUGCAUUGUCUCCCCUUUAUUUAUAGGGAAUUGUAUGAAUCUAGAUUUAUAUUCUGUCUUUUUGGACAUGAUACAGAAUAGGACUACAGGUAGGUUGAAAACGUUACCUAUAUACACAGCUUGAAAUAAUAUUUAGUUCCCCUGACAGUUUUGCAUUCCGGGUGUCGUCAAUCUAUAACUCCCUUAUCUUCCCUACUAUUCAUCACUCAGCUAAAAACUCAUAGACAGAGGUCAAAACCGAGAGUACUCUUCAUUCAGCAAUGUAGCUCGCAUAACAUAAAUGACAAAAGUAAAUACAAUGUUUAUUGCUGUAUAGUUAUUGUGUAAUUUGUUAUAGUAUGAUGAGAGUAUGGUUUAUCUUUGAUAUGCUGUCAAAGAAAUAAAGAUUGAUAUUUUUAUUGUUUA